AUGAUAGAGGCUAGAGAUAAUAUAGAGCAAGAAAUAUGGUGGGAACCAAGGAGUGGAACUGCAAAUGUAUGGUUUGACAACUGGACAAAGCUAGGGGCUCUAUAUCACAUCAUUCCAGAUGAUUUUGUGAUAGGUGAGGGUGUUCAAGAUGUAAAAGAACUUAUGUUGCAGGUUGGUUGGAAUAUAGGAAAAUUGCAGCAGUUAUUCCCUAUGGACGAUAUUGUGGAUCAUAUAUUAGAAGAAUUACAUUUUCAUGAACCAAAAGAAGAGUGGGAUAGGCCAAGAUGGAUGAUGACAGCAUUAGGAAAAUUUACUGUAGGCACUGCAUGGGAAUUACUGAGGAGCAAAUCAGUCAAGUCAGAUGUCUUUAAGAAUAUGUGGACAUUAGGGGUACCUUUUAAGAUAUCUUUCUUUUUCUGGAGGUUGUGGAAGUACAAAAUACCUGUUGGAGAGGUAGUAAGAAGGAUUGGGGUAGAUACUGAGGCAACCUGUUAUUACUGUGAUCAUAGGCAAUAUGAAACUGUGGAUCAUUUGUUUGUUACAGGAAAUAUUGCUACUAAAGUGUGGACUUAUGUUAAAACUGCUGUUGGCAUCACAACACAGUUUCAACAAGUCAGGCAGCUUCUUCAAGUCUGGUGGAAUACAGAUUGUCCCUCAAAGUUCAGAACCAUCUUUAAGGUUAUUCCAAUGGUCACCAUGUGGCAGAUAUGGAAGUGGAGGAAUACAGUCCUACAUGGAGGGAGGAUGUCCAUCAACAAAGUGAAUUAUGAGAUAAACAUGAUCAUAUAUCAAAUGUGUAGAAUGAGGUUUCCAGGGCAGAACAACCUACCAAGAUGCAUACCUCAAAUUCUACAAAUCUUUGAAGCGCAUACAGGCCAAGAAUUGGGAAAUCCUGGACCAAGUUCUGUGGCCUUUUGUAUUAGAAAUGCAGUAGGUGAUUUCCAGUAUGCAGCAGCAAGAAGGAUAUCAGAUGGUUCAAAUUUGAUAGAAGAAGCAAGGGCACUACAUGAUGGUCUUAAGUACUGUGCUACACACAGUCUGUUGCCAGUGGUGUUGGAAACAGACUCAAUGACUAUGAAUAUGAUCUUAACUGGUGAUCAUCAUUUUCAUAGUUUUACUUCACUUCCUGUGAAAGCUAGGAAAAUUCUAAAUACAGAAAAGUCAUAUAUACCAUACAUGAGGAUCAGGAUAGCUAAGGACCAUCACAUCCCUGGAGAUUAA